AUGGCUGCCUCGCCCCCGAAGAUCCCUGGAACACGUCAGGACUUGCUUGAGCCAGGACUUGCAUGCCUAGUGUGCCGCCAGAAGAAAACUAAAUGCGAUGGCGUAAGGCCGACGUGUGGACGAUGCCUUAGACUUGGGAGGCCAUGCGAGUAUGCGGGAACCCCGAGGUCCAGAGUUAAAAAGCUAGAAGAAAAGAUACAGAACUUGGAGAGUGAGAUAGCUGCACUCAGAUCUAACCCAGCCCCACCUAUUCAGGAUGAGAAGGGCACUGAAGCCUACGCAAGCUCACGGAUCCCUCGGCUGGCCAUUUUGCCUCGGCUGGAGAUGGUGCAGGAGCUCUAUAACGCCGAGGCAUUCCACGUCCCCGAGACCAUACCCAUUUUCCCUAUAUCAACUCUUUUCUCCAAUAUUGCCUUCGCAUCCGCAGAAGAGCAACCAUUUCCUCACCCAGGAGAGGCUUACCCAAAAGUUAUUGCUCGAGUCGCGGUAGAACGCGCUCUAGCAAACUGGGACAUUCGGACAGAAAUGCCACACCAACUCAAAGACUAUCUUCUUCGCAUCUUCCUGGCCCAUCGUUUUCAAUUCCAUUCUGGGCCGCUUGUUGCAAGGCUGCUCGAAGGCACACGUUCUUCUACCCAUGACAGGGCCCUUCACCCCUCCCUUACGAAUUCAAUGUACCUUCUUGCUUGCCAUGUUAGUGGGAGCUCUAUGUCUUCCUAUGAAUCUUUUUUUGUAGCUCGGACGCGCGCGGAUCUGGAGACUCCACCGGCUUUCGUUGAUCGUCUUGUGGACUUCCUUGUCGCUUCGACUCUGCUUGGAAUCUACUUUACUCGCACUCGUAGGUAUCCCGAAGCCUACACGACCUUAUCUGGCGCCAUUCGAUUGGCUAUCGCUUGCGGGUUGCAACCAUUGACUGCUGCUCAGCAUCAAGGUAGCGCAGGCUCGCUGCCUCCUCCCAGAGACUAUCUCGAGAUGAUUGAACGGAGGCACGCCUGGUUCGCAUUGAACGCGGCAGAUCGCAUUCUCGCCAGAGAAUCAGGACUACCCAGCUCAUUGCCAGAGGACGGGCUUGCCGAAAUCUACAGAUCCACUUUUCAAGAUUUCCCCAUCAAUGGCCCCUUGGAAGCCUCUACUUCCGAAUGGGUCCAUCACCAAGCUGCACCCAACGCAUUUCUCAAUCCUGGCAUAUUCGAUGUCAGCAGAGAAAUCGACCAUGUCUGUCUCAGAGCCAAGAUGGAAUUGCUUUUUGAAGGCAUACGACUCUUCCGUGCGCACAAUAUGGGAAACGCUGAACCCAAAUCGGUGGGAUGCUCUAAGGUUCCAUUCUGGCAAACAUUCAACUUUCUCGAGGCAUCUCUCUUUGAAUGUCAAAAAACCAUGUCAUCAUUGAUUAAUACCCUUGACCUCGGGACUGGCGAGUACAGUGCACUUGGAUUUGGUCUCUCAAUUCCUCGAACUCGGAAUCCCGACGGAGAGAUAAUUGUUACCAGCAGACCCAACCCAGCGCUUUUUUCGGCGAAAGUGGUGAUGUACGCGGCAGUGAUUAGCUUGCAAAAUGCUUUGCUCGAGUCUCCUUAUGUCGCAGACAUAUCCGGAGAGGCAAUAACUGAGGCACGCCGAAAGGCGGUACAGGCGGCGGACGGGAUGGCCGCCUUGCUCAAGUCUGUAAUAUCUCCGUCCGCGAACAUGGCAAUCCGGGGACAAACGGAGGCCGUCUACUUUCCUAUGUCUACGGUCUACAGGGACCUCUCGCUCUUGGUGGGUAUUCUACAAAGAUCUCAACACCCAUUAUCUUUACGCCAAGCCUUCCAGCCCCAUGUCUUGGACGCCUCUGUCGUGAUGGCGCAUGAGAUCCAAAGACCCGCCCCCCACAUGCCAAUGAAGUCGAGUUUGGCAGGAGCAUCCGAUCCAUCAAUGUCAAUGGACAAUGAAGUGAAAACACUCAUUGGGAUUCUCGCUGACAACAUUCGCGCAUUAUCGGAUUUGUAG